AUGGCUGAAACUUUCCCCACGGCUCGCAUGGUUGAAUUCUUGCCUGUACGAGAGUCUCCUGUGAAACUGUUCAAUAGACUGAGAGAGUCCAAUAGAAUCAAGGUCAAGUCAAAACGCAUUGUUCCUUGUGAGUCAUUCUUGACUGGAAAAAUGGUUUUCUGUGAGCCGUUCGAUGUAGUUCGGAUCUUACCAGAAUUCCGGAAUAUCCUGUCCAAUAUUAAGGGACUUGGGGUUUCUCUAAGUGGUAUUUCCAACCAAGGAAAGUAUGUCCUACACAACUCUGUGGAUCACAGAAAAUAUGAAGAAACUUGGAAUUUUCUUGGAGUGCCAUCUGUGGAAGAAAGUUAUGAAUGGUAUGGAAAAUGCAUUGAAACAUGCAACCUCGUGUUGCGUGUACCCACAGAUGUGUAUGUGGAGCUUCUCUGUUUUCUUGCUGACAACUGGAAGUAUUUUCCGUUUAAGACUAUGAGCAGAGUUACUCUUCUCAAAUAUGUUGCUUGGAAUGGGCAGGUUUUCCCAUGUAGCUUAUCACAAAUUAAGCAGGGAUCAUUGAAGGUUCAUCUUGUCUGGGGGGCUCGACGUCAUUCCUGGCUAAACAAAUGGAAUGUAGAAAUGGGGUGCCCAGGUGAUAUGUUUUUCUUGCCAGAUGAUACGGUUAGUACUAUUGUUGGACACAAGAAGGAAAUUAUUGUGAAGAAUUGGCUUGUGUCUAAGGCUAAAGGUUUGUUGGUCAUCGACAUUUAUACAUAUUGUUCAAAACUGGCUGAUAUUGCUGGGAAAAUCAAAGACCCAAAACUUCUAGUUGCACUGGCUCAUCUUGUUUAUCAUUCUACUUUGUUAAAGUACAUCAAUUCGCAUUUCGUCUCUCUUGUAUUGCAGUCUAUGCCAGUGGUUGAUAUGGCUGGGAAUGUAAGCAUGUGUAAAAGUCCUCUUGUGCCCGCUUCUAGAAGCACUUGGGUGAAACUCUUUGGUUCUAGCGAUAUACUUGCUAGAGAACUUGAGCUAGAAAACGAGAGAGCAGACUCAGCAGAGGGAUAUGGCUACUGUUCUAGUAAGUACGUAGAGUUGGGGGAGGUAUAUGCUGAAGCUGCUAAUUUUGCUGGAAAAUCUACGGCAGAAGGUGACCUAUUGGACUUCCUUAUUAUGCAGGGUAAGGCCACUGACUUGCCUAAUAUAUUACCCCAGAAUAGAGCAUUAGAUAUUGCCUCCAAUCAGCUAACUAGUGAUCAAGCUCUGUUGCUAUUGCAAUGGAUCCAGAAUCUGAGAGCCAAGAAGUGCAGUGCUUUCAAAUAUGAGAUACCUGACAGGUUCAUUGGAAGUAUAAGACGUGGGAAGUGGAUGAAGACAUAUGCUGGCUUUAGUCCUCCGAGUUCUUGCUAUCUUUAUGAUGGAACCGAGUCAUCUACUCUCUUAGACAUUGGGAAAGAGUUUGAGGUCUUGUCAGCUAUUGAUGAGAAGUAUUAUAAUUACAGGAUAAAAUCAUUUAAAGAGGAGCUGAUGUUCGUUGGCGUAAAAAUUGGGUCAGAAGAUAUCUACCUGCUCAUUGUUAAUCACCUCAAACAUCUUAUCUCCUCUGCAAUGAGGGCAAGCUUGGGAAUUUCACUGCUAAGUUUUAUCCGGUAUUCAAAUGAUAAUAAUAAGCUGGAUGUAGAGUUUUUGAAAUCCCUUCAAGAUGGAAAAUGGUUGAAAUCAGACCAAGGUUUUGUUAAUCCUCUCGGAGCCGUUUAUCUGACUUCUGAUAUUGGAGAAGCUAUUCGACAUGUCACAGAUCUGCGAAUUGUUGAUAAAACUUAUUAUCGUGAUAAGCUAAGGGGUUUUGUAAACGAGCUGAAGUUGCUGGGAGUGGUAGUGAAUCUGGAAGGCGUGUAUAGACUAAUUCCGGGACAUUUCAAGUUUCCUGAAGAUCUCUCAAAGUUGAAAAAAGGUGCUGUUUUUCUGUUACUGGAAUGCAUUCGGCGAUUAGGGCCUGAAUCUGAUGGUUUGAAGAAGAAAAUUGGGUGCCAACCUUGGAUGAAAACUACUUUCGAUUUUAAAUGCCCCAAGGAAUCCCUUCUUCCUGAUGACAACUGGGGCCAGUUAGUUAAAUUUCUUCCCCUAGCCAGCAUUGAUGAAGGCUAUUAUGGUAGCAGUAUUAGGUUGUACAGGGCAGAAUUAGAGGCAAUUAGUGUGGCAGUAAAUCUUGACCAAGUUUGUAAUAUGCUUAUUACUAAAGUCAGGUUUCUCUUAGCCACAAGUAGUUUAACUGGUGACAUUGUGAUCUCACUUCUGAAUUGCAUGAAGUGUAUGAGAGAAAAAAUGGCUCCACAAUUAACCCGUCUAAUGAGUUGCUUGUCGGGUGAGAAAUGGUUAAAAACUCGUGACGGGUAUAGAUCUGCUCGGGAUUCGUGUUUAUUUGAUUCAGAGUGGGGAACGGUUACUCAGUUUGUUGAUCUUCCUCUAAUAGACGAUGCCUUCUAUGGCAAUUCGAUCAGUUCAUUCAAGAACGAACUGACGAUGCUGGGUGUGAUGGUCAAUAUCAAUGACGGAGCACGAGUUGUUGCAAAAGGUUUAGUGUUGCCCUUUGAGCCCGGGUCAGUAAGGGCAGAUUGUGCAUUCUCUUUACUGAACUGUGCUAGGUCGCUUCGACAAAGUAGCAAGUCAUCUGACCAAGCUUUACUUGACAAUUUUCUCCAGGAACUGAAAGGAAAAGAACGAGAUGGACCUUUCAUUGAUCAGGGCUUCUAUGGGAAUCUGAGUCCUCUUUAUAAGGAUGAACUUAUAGCCAUUGGUGUGAAAGCAGAUACCAAGGAAGUUUGCACUACAAUUUUCAAGAUUCUUACUUCUCACGAAGAAACUUCUGCUGUACUGAGACUCUACAGGUUUCUACAUCGACACAUGAAAAGCUUGAAUUCUGAGGUCUGUUCCUAUCGAUUGUGGAUUCCUGACCAAGAAGGAACCAAGGGAAAAUGGGUAAGUAAUUGUCUGUGCGUGCUCCAUGACAGGGACAAUUUGUUUGGCUCAUUUUUGCAUAUUCUUGAUAGAUAUUAUGAUGAGAAUUUGUUAUCUUUUCUGUCAAAAACUUUCGGAGUAGAUUCAUUUCCGACUGUUUUUCAAUAUGUUGAUCUCUGGACCAAUUGGGUGACAAGUAACAACUGUGUGUCUUCUGUGGAGUUACAUUCAUUUUGGGGAUACAUAGCAGAAAAUUGGAGCGCAAUUACUGAGAGGACUGUGAAGAAAGGCUUAACCAUGCUACCAGCAAACACCAUCACCGGGGAAGUUCAGUUAGCGAAUAGAGACGAAGUAUUCAUCCCAGAUGAUUUGAAACUCAAAAAGUUGUUUGGGGAAGCUAGUGAGAAGCCACUUUUUGUCUGGUUCCCCGAGAAUGGCUUAUCGUCCCUCACCAAACUCUAUGAAAUCUACAGAAGUUUUGGAGUACGGAAGAUAUCUGAAGUUGUUCAGUUCUCUGUGAAUUCUGAACUUGAAAAGACGGGUGUAGAAAAAAGUCUUAUCGGAAGGCCCUUGAUUAGCAUUGUAUUGGCUUUCCUUUCACAUCCUGUGAUUAACGUGCCAGUGCAAGAAAGACACCGGAUAGCGAAAUCUCUGGUGGACAUCUCAAUAUUUGGGACCAAAUGCCCGUUGGUUGUCCAGUAUUUCUUGAAUUUGCCCUCAAAGAUUAGACUGCAAGUUGAAAUGAGAAAACUGGUGCUUUGGGAGAAGAAAUCGCAGAAAUUGCUCGUUCACAAACCGAACUGGAAUGGUGGAAGUGGAAACAGAAGUAUGGAGUUCACAACAGAUUUUGCGAGAGCAAUCUCGGAGGUGGUCCUACCGGAUGCCAGUGGUCUUGUGGAGGAUCUGUGUAAGAUUAUCAAGAUGGGAUGUGUUCUUGGUUUUGAGGAGAAUAAGGUGGAGUCCUUGCUGUUGAGUGAAAAUCUUGAACUGUUUCCAGUGGACACUAGCUUCCUUCAAUGUGCAUUCCCAGCUGCUAAGAACCAGGGUCUCAGCCAAGACCCGCCUUGUCCCCCGGAAACUCCAGUUCAGAAGAAGCGACGGCAGAACUGA